AUGACUGGUGAAGUAAACAGAGCCUUUGGCAGGUGGUAUGUGGUGAUGGUGGUGGUGGUUGGAAGUGUGAAUCAGACUUUUGGCAGGGAAGCCUGUUUUCUGGGGUCUAUAAAAGUAAAAAGAAAAAUCAAAACUAUUGCAAUUUUUUUUGUCUUUUUCCAGGCUGAACUCACGGGAAUCAAAUGGCGUAGGUACAAUUUUGGAGGGCAUGGGGACUGUGGACCCAUAAUUUCAGCCCCAGCCCAAGAUGAUCCAAUCCUGUUAAGUUUCAUUCGCUGUCUGCAAGCCAACCUGCUCUGUGUAUGGCGUCGUGAUGUCAAACCAGAUUGCAAAGAGUUAUGGAUAUUCUGGUGGGGAGAUGAACCCAACCUAGUGGGUGUAAUACAUCAUGAACUGCAGGUUGUGGAAGAAGGACUCUGGGAAAAUGGCCUUUCCUAUGAAUGUAGGACGCUGCUCUUCAAAGCGAUCCACAAUCUGUUAGAAAGGUGCCUAAUGGAUAAGAACUUCGUUAGGAUUGGGAAAUGGUUUGUCCGACCCUAUGAAAAGGAUGAAAAGCCAGUCAACAAAAGUGAGCAUUUGUCCUGCGCUUUCACAUUCUUUCUUCAUGGAGAAAGUAAUGUAUGUACAAGUGUGGAGAUUGCCCAACACCAGCCAAUUUAUUUGAUCAAUGAGGAGCAUAUACACAUGGCUCAGUCUUCUCCUGCACCAUUUCAAGUGCUGGUAAGUCCUUAUGGCUUAAAUGGCACACUGACAGGCCAAGCAUACAAGAUGUCAGAUCCAGCCACUCGUAAGUUGAUCGAGGAAUGGCAGUAUUUCUACCCGAUGGUGCUAAAAAAGAAAGAGGAAUCAAAAGAGGAAGAGGAGUUGGGAUAUGAUGAUGAUUUCCCUGUGGCAGUUGAAGUAAUUGUUGGUGGCGUUCGGAUGGUUUAUCCUUCAGCUUUUGUUUUGAUCUCUCAGAAUGACAUCCCAGUUCCUCAGAAUGUUGCCAGUGCUGGAGGCCACAUUACAGUUGGGCAGCAGGGGCUUGGUAGUGUAAAGGACCCCAGUAACUGUGGGAUGCCUCUGACCCCUCCCACCUCUCCAGAACAGGCUGUCCUAGGUGAGAGUGGAGGUAUGCAGAGUGCUGCCAGUCACCUAGGUUCCCAAGAUGGGGGGAUGAUAACUAUGCAUAGUCCAAAGAGAUCGGGGAAGAUUCCUCCAAAACUCCACAAUCAUAUGGUCCAUAGAGUCUGGAAGGAAUGCAUCCUCAACAGAACCCAGUCCAAGAGGAGCCAAAUGUCAACUCCAACUCUUGAAGAAGAGCCUGCUAACAAUCCUGCUACUUGGGAUUUUGUGGAUCCAACCCAAAGAGUCAGCUGUUCUUGUUCCAGACAUAAACUUUUAAAACGUUGUGUAGUAGGACCCAAUCGACCUCCCACAAUAUCUCAACCAGGCUUCAGUGCAGGACCUGUGACAUCUUCAUCUUUACCACCUCCUGCUUCUUCUAAGCACAAAACAACAGAAAGGCAGGAAAAAGGAGACAAGUUGCAAAAGAGACCCUUGAUACCGUUUCAUCAUAGGCCUUCUGUGGCCGAAGAGUUAUGCAUGGAACAAGAUACACCAGGACAGAAGCUAGGGUUGGCAGGGAUAGACUCCUCCUUGGAGGUGUCUAGCAAUAGGAAGUAUGAUAAGCAAAUGGCUGUGCCUUCCAGAAAUACAAGCAAGCAAAUGAAUCUGAAUCCUAUGGAUUCACCUCAUUCCCCGAUUUCCCCUCUGCCACCAACACUCAGCCCUCAGCCACGAGGUCAGGAAACAGAGAGUUUGGACCCACCAUCUGUCCCUGUGAAUCCAGCCCUCUAUGGAAAUGGGCUAGAACUCCAGCAGUUAUCUACUCUGGAUGACAGAACUGUCCUCGUAGGCCAAAGACUGCCUCUGAUGGCAGAGGUCAGCGAGACAGCCUUAUAUUGUGGGAUUAGGCCCUUGAACCCGGAGUCAUCAGAUAAGUGGUGGCAUAGUUACCGUCUCCCACCCAAUGAUGAUGCUGAGUUCAGGCCUCCAGAGCUCCAGGGUGAGAGAUGUGAUGCCAAAAUGGAGGUAAACUCAGAGAGCACUGCAUUGCAAAGACUCUUAGCACAGCCUAACAAACGGUUUAAAAUCUGGCAAGACAAACAGCCCCAGAUGCAGCCGCUCCACUUCCUUGAUCCAUUGCCUCUGUCACAACAACCUGGAGACAGUUUGGGAGAAGUCAAUGACCCAUAUACCUUUGAGGAUGGUGACAUAAAAUACAUCUUUACAGCCAACAAGAAAUGCAAACAAGGGAUGGAGAAAGAUUCCUUGAAAAAGAAUAAGUCAGAGGAUGGAUUUGGUACCAAGGAUGUCACUACACAAGGUCAUUCCACGCCGGUGCCUGAUGGGAAAAAUGCCAUGUCUAUUUUCAGUUCUGCUACUAAAACAGAUGUCCGGCAGGAUAAUGCUGCUGGCAGAGCUGGCUCCAGUAGUCUCACGCAGGUGACAGAUUUGGCACCUUCUCUGCAUGACUUAGACAACAUCUUUGAUAAUUCUGAUGACGACGAACUUGGGGCUGUAUCACCUGCACUGCGCUCCUCAAAAAUGCCUACAGUUGGUACAGAAGACCGACCUCUUGGGAAGGAUGGAAGAGCUGCUGUUCCUUACCCCCCGACAGUUGCAGACUUACAAAGGAUGUUCCCCACUCCUCCGUCUUUGGAACAGCAUCCUGCAUUUUCUCCUGUGAUGAAUUAUAAAGAUGGUAUCAGUUCAGAGACAGUGACAGCAUUAGGGAUGAUGGAGAGCCCUAUGGUCAGUAUGGUUUCAACACAACUCACAGAAUUUAAAAUGGAAGUUGAAGAUGGAUUAGGAAGUCCUAAGCCAGAGGAAAUAAAGGACUUUUCAUAUGUGCACAAGGUUUCAUCCUUUCAGCCUUUCGUGGGAUCCUCCAUGUUUGCUCCACUGAAGAUGUUGCCGAGCCAUUGCUUGCUACCUCUGAAGAUACCUGAUGCCUGUCUGUUUCGGCCUUCGUGGGCAGUACCUCCUAAAAUUGAACAACUGCCUAUGCCCCCUGCAGCCACCUUCAUUAGAGAUGGCUACAACAACGUGCCUAGUGUUGGGAGCCUAGCAGAUCCAGACUAUCUGAACACACCGCAGAUGAACACACCUGUUACGCUGAAUAGUGCUGCCCCAGCCAGCAACAGUGGGGCAGGAGUCCUUCCAUCUCCAGCCACUCCUCGCUUCUCUGUCCCCACACCACGAACACCCAGGACCCCAAGAACUCCCAGAGGUGGGGGCACUGCCAGUGGUCAAGGGUCUGUUAAGUAUGACAGCACUGAUCAGGGGUCACCAGCCUCUACCCCCUCGACUACGCGGCCCCUCAACUCUGUGGAACCUGCCACCAUGCAGCCAAUUCCUGAAGCCCACAGUCUCUAUGUCACCCUGAUUCUCUCAGAUUCUGUGAUGAAUAUUUUUAAAGACAGAAACUUUGACAGCUGUUGCAUCUGUGCUUGCAACAUGAACAUCAAAGGGGCAGAUGUCGGGCUUUACAUCCCUGAUUCCUCCAAUGAAGACCAGUACCGCUGUACCUGUGGGUUUAGUGCGAUUAUGAACCGCAAACUUGGCUACAACUCGGGACUCUUUCUUGAAGAUGAGUUGGAUAUUUUUGGGAAGAAUUCUGAUAUUGGUCAGGCUGCGGAGAGGCGCUUAAUGAUGUGUCAGACCACCUUCCUUCCUCAGGUGGAGGGUGCCAGGAAAUCCCAGGAGCCACCCAUAAGCCUUCUCCUUCUCCUCCAGAAUCAACAUACACAACCUUUUGCUUCCCUGAGUUUCCUGGACUACAUUUCCUCUAAUAACCGCCAAACUCUUCCCUGUGUAAGCUGGAGUUACGACCGGGUACAAGCAGAUAAUAAUGAUUACUGGACGGAAUGCUUUAAUGCGUUGGAGCAGGGGCGGCAGUAUGUGGAUAACCCCACUGGUGGAAAAGUGGAUGAAGCUCUGGUGAGAAGUGCCACUGUGCACUCCUGGCCUCACAGCAAUGUGCUGGACAUCAGCAUGCUCUCCUCCCAAGAUGUGGUCCGUAUGCUGUUGUCUCUGCAGCCCUUUCUCCAAGAUGCCAUCCAAAAGAAGCGCACGGGCAGGACCUGGGAGAACAUUCAGCAUGUGCAGGGACCACUCACCUGGCAGCAGUUCCAUAAAAUGGCAGGACGGGGAACCUACGGUUCGGAAGAAUCUCCUGAGCCAUUGCCCAUCCCCACUCUGCUGGUAGGCUAUGACAAGGACUUCCUCACCAUCUCGCCAUUCUCCUUGCCAUUUUGGGAGAGGCUGUUGUUGGACCCAUACGGGGGCCACCGUGAUGUUGCCUAUAUUGUAGUAUGUCCAGAAAAUGAGGCCUUGCUCGAAGGAGCCAAAACUUUCUUCAGGGACUUGAGUGCUGUAUAUGAGAUGUGUAGGCUUGGGCAGCACAAGCCCAUCUGCAAAGUGCUACGUGAUGGGAUCAUGCGCGUGGGAAAGACAAUGGCACAGAAGCUGACAGAUGAGCUUGUGAGUGAGUGGUUUAGCCAACCUUGGAGUGGUGAGGAGAACGACAAUCAUUCCAGACUCAAACUUUAUGCGCAAGUUUGCCGCCAUCACCUAGCACCUUAUUUAGCCACUCUGCAGCUCGAUAGCAACCUGUUGAUACCACCUAAAUACCAGACCCCACCAGCAGCAACACAGGGACAAGCUACACCUGGGAAUGCUGGGCCUUUAGCUCCAAAUUCAGGAUCAGCAGCUCCCCCAACUGGCAGUGCAUUUAAUCCCACCUCUAAUGGUAGUUCUACCAACCCUGCAGCAAGUAGUUCCACGUCUGGUUCCUCUGUGCCACCGGUCUCAUCGUCUGCCUCUGCUCCUAGUAUUAGCCAGAUAAGCACUACCUCUUCUUCAGGAUUUAGUGGUAGUGUUGGAGGGCAGAACCCUGGCAGUUCUACAGAGAGAACACAAGGGAACAUAGGAUGUGGCGGAGACACUGAGUCUGGGCAGAGCUCCUCUCAGCCCUCACAGGAUGGACAAGAGAGUGUUACAGAAAGGGAGAGAAUAGGAAUUCCCACAGAGCCCGACUCUGCAGAUAGCCAAGCCUAUCCUCCAGCUGUUGUCAUUUACAUGGUGGACCCAUUUACUUACACUGCAGAGGAGGACUCCACUUCUGGAAAUUUUUGGCUGUUGAGCUUGAUGCGCUGCUACACAGAAAUGCUGGAUAAUUUACCUGAGCAUAUGAGAAAUUCUUUCAUUCUCCAGAUUGUGCCUUGCCAGUACAUGCUGCAGACAAUGAAGGAUGAACAAGUUUUCUACAUUCAAUACUUGAAGUCCAUGGCAUUUUCAGUGUACUGCCAGUGCAGGCGACCUCUGCCUACACAGAUCCACAUUAAAUCCCUCACAGGAUUUGGGCCUGCAGCCAGCAUUGAGAUGACCCUCAAGAACCCUGAGCGGCCCAGCCCAAUUCAGCUUUACUCCCCUCCGUUUAUAUUGGCCCCCAUCAAAGACAAGCAGACAGAGCUGGGAGAGACGUUUGGUGAGGCAAGCCAGAAAUACAAUGUGCUCUUUGUGGGCUAUUGUCUGUCUCAUGACCAGCGUUGGCUUUUGGCUUCCUGCACUGACCUCCAUGGGGAAUUGUUAGAGACCUGCGUUGUAAAUAUUGCUUUACCAAACAGGUCACGCAGGAGUAAAGUAUCUGCUCGUAAAAUUGGACUACAGAAGUUAUGGGAAUGGUGCAUAGGGAUUGUCCAAAUGACAUCUCUACCCUGGAGAGUUGUGAUCGGGCGACUUGGGCGUCUUGGCCAUGGGGAGCUUAAAGAUUGGAGUAUCCUCCUUGGAGAAUGUUCACUACAGACAAUCAGCAAACAACUCAAGGAUGUGUGCCGGAUGUGUGGAAUCUCUGCCGCAGACUCUCCUUCUAUCCUUAGUGCCUGCUUGGUUGCCAUGGAGCCACAGGGGUCCUUUGUAGUGAUGCCAGAUGCUGUCACAAUGGGCUCUGUUUUUGGCCGAAGUACUGCGCUGAAUAUGCAGUCAUCUCAGCUCAACACCCCUCAAGAUGCUUCUUGUACACACAUCUUGGUGUUCCCAACAUCAUCAACCAUCCAGGUGGCUCCUGCCAACUAUCCCAAUGAAGAUGGGUUUAGCCCCAACAAUGAUGAUAUGUUUGUUGACCUUCCAUUCCCAGAUGAUAUGGACAAUGAUAUUGGCAUAUUAAUGACUGGGAACCUCCAUUCCUCUCCCAAUUCCUCCCCAGUUCCCUCUCCAGGCUCUCCUUCUGGAAUUGGUGUGGGUUCUCACUUCCAGCAUAGUCGGAGCCAGGGUGAGCGCCUUCUUUCUAGAGAAGCACCAGAGGAGCUAAAGCAGCAACCUUUGGCCCUUGGGUAUUUUGUAUCAACUGCCAAAGCUGAGAAUCUCCCCCAGUGGUUUUGGUCAUCGUGUCCCCAGGCUCAAAACCAGUGCCCUCUUUUCCUGAAGGCUUCACUGCAUCACCACAUUUCAGUAGCACAGAUGGACGAACUUCUCCCUGCCAGGAGCUCUCAGCGGGUCCCACAUCCUCUUGACUCCAAAACCACGUCUGAUGUUUUAAGGUUUGUUUUGGAGCAGUACAACGCUCUGUCCUGGCUCACAUGCAAUCCAGCCACCCAGGACCGUACUUCCUGCCUUCCUGUCCACUUUGUGGUGCUCACUCAGUUGUACAAUGCCAUCAUGAAUAUACUUUAAUUGGAAAAGCACUUGUUCUCUCUGGCUCAGUUCCUUCUCCCUGCAGCCUCAAUACAAGGAACCUGCUACACUCUGCAAAUACCCCACAUCCUUUUCUUCAGACCACUCUCCACAUAGUCCUGCACUGUGAUUCCUUCUCAGCAGGCACAUGUCAAUUCUGCAGUGUUCAUUACCAGAGUGACUCCUUGACACUUCUCUCAUGGACCUGGAGACUUCCAUAAGUGGUGACUUUCAGCCAGUGUGGUGGUGUGUACCAACCACUGGUCUACAGGAAGUGGUGGUUGUUGGUGGCUUUUAAGCGGGAAACAGAAGAGAUAGUGUCCUUUUGCACAAGAGUCUGUGUUUUCAGCCUCUGUUUAAAAAUGAGGGCAAUCUCGCCCUUUGGAUGAAAUCCUCUAGCUAUUGGUGUAUGGCCUGUGGGUUACCUGAACUCCAUAAUCUGGGACUUUUUAAAAAUAAGAACCAGCUCGAGUACAUGAUUUCACACUGGGGUCUCUGUCUCCCUAGUGCUCCCAUCUAGAUUGGCAUGAGUGCUUUGGUUGACUUCAAACCUGUGUGUAGAUACAGAAGGUCUGGAGACUGCUUCCUUUUGUUUAUUUAUUUUAACUUGUAUUGUCAUAUAUAUGUGUGUGUGUGUGUGUGUGUGUGUGUGUGUGU